GUCACUUUUUUUCGUAUUCUUGAACAGGAACGGAACCUUGAACGGAUCGACUGAUUUUCAUCGUUUUGUCAAUCGAACUGCCUGUAAAUCAGUGUAGAAGUGCUAACAAGUCCAGUUACUAUUACACCUUAAUCUUUCAUUAAUUUCGUAUUAUAUCGAAAGGUUAUUCUGAAGCAAAAUGCCGGUGAAAGCGGUGUGCGUUCUCAACGGGGAUGUGUCUGGCACUGUUUUCUUUGAUCAGCAAGACGAAAAGGCACCAGUAGUGGUAUCUGGUGAGAUCAAAGGCUUGUCAAAGGGUUUGCACGGGUUCCACGUUCACGAGUUCGGAGACAACACGAACGGGUGCACGUCGGCCGGACCGCACUUCAACCCGCUCAAGCUGGAGCACGGCGCGCCCGACGCCACGGUGCGGCACGUCGGCGACCUCGGCAACGUCGAGGCGGCCGCGGACAACGGGGUCACUAAGGUGAACAUCCAAGACUGUGCGAUCUCCCUGUGCGGAGCGCACAGCAUCGUGGGCCGCACGCUGGUGGUGCACGCGGACCCCGACGACCUGGGGCGGGGCGGCCACGACCUCAGCAAGACCACCGGCAACGCCGGCGCCAGGAUCGCCUGCGGAGUCAUCGGACUCGCCAACGUCUAACCUUACACACACCAAUACUGUGCUAUACACGCUGUGACCGAACGAUUCCUUACGUAAAUCUUCAAUAUGGAUAAAAAAAUCACCUGAGAGCCAUAGCAUAAAAUUUUGGGAAUUGGUUUAAAAUAUAUUAUGGUUAUCAAACAUGUUUGUGAACACAAGUAUCUUGCUAUGGUAUCCAUCAAUAAUAUCAAUUGUUAAAGGGAAUUAACCAAAUAUAUUUGUUCUGUUUGUGAUAGUAUAUAAGUUUGAACCAGUGUUUAGUGUAAGAUACAUUUGGGUUGGGCUACAUUGCAGGUUUUUGAUUGUGCUAAACUAAAUUAAAUCUGAAAAAACAUUAUCAAGUACCUAGAAACUUAUUUUGUUAAUGUUGUUAUGCAUAAUAAAUACCAUUGUUUAGUUUAGAAUAAAAUUAUCAAUAAUCAAACUUGCAAUUCUUAAAAAACUUUCCCGCCCCAAUGUUUCAUUCAUUUGUGACCACAAGCAUUCCUUGCAUUUCUCGAGAUGU